ACCAUAAUGAAGGCGUCAUCUGGUAAAGAGCUCGAGCUUGUUCUGAUCAUUUCUCUUCUCUUCCUUCUUCAUUCAUCUAGUCACUCUCUUGAUAGAAUAACCCCAAGCCAACCCCUCAAAGACGGCGACGUUUUGCUCUCCGACAAAGCAACCUUCGCACUUGGUUUUUUCAGUCCCACAAAUAGUUCUAAAAACCGCUAUGUUGGAAUCUGGUAUAACAAAGUUUCGACACAAACUCUUGUCUGGGUUGCUAAUAGAGACCAUCCUCUGAAUGAUACUUCUGGGUUUUUCUGGAUUAACACCCAUGGAAACGUCGUCGUCUCUCUCAAUAAUACAAUCACCAAACUCGACCCGAUUUGGUCUUCCAACGUUUCUCUCUCAUCAUCUUCCGCCAAUACAAUCUUCGCUAAGCUUCUCGACACAGGGAACUUGGUUUUGAUGGAAGAUGGUGGAAGCCAGAGAGUUCUAUGGCAGAGUUUCGAUGACCCUUGUGACACCCUGAUGCCGUUCAUGAAACUCGGAUUAGACCGGAAAACCGGUUUGAACCGCUUCCUUACGUCAUGGAAGUCCCCGGACGACCCAGGAUCCGGGAACGUGAGCUAUAGAAUCGAUCCAACAGGAUAUCCUCAACUGUUCAUGUUCAGAAAUGGGGAUCCAAUCUGGAGGGUCGGAUCAUGGACGGGCCAAAGAUGGAGCGGUGUACCCGAGAUGACACCCAACUUCAUCUUCAGUGUCGUCUUUGUAAACAACGCUACUGAAGUGACUGUAAUGUAUGGUGUGAAGGACCCGUCCGUCUUCACCAGGAUGGUACUUGAAAACUCGGGUCACGUGAGACGAACCACAUGGCGAGCACAAGAACAUAGAUGGUUCGAGAUCUGGAAUGGCCCGAAAGAGGACUGCGACAACUAUCGACGAUGCGGGUCAAAUAGUAACUGUGACCCGUACAACUUAGAGAAGUUCGAGUGUGAGUGUUUGCCCGGGUUCGAACCCAAGGACCCGAGAGAAUGGUACCUCAGAGACGGGUCGGACGGGUGCGUGAGGAAGAAGAACGUGUCCACGUGUCGAAGCGGAGAGGGGUUCGUGAAGAUGGCGCGUGUGAAAGUGCCUGAUACGUCCAAAGCGCGUGUGGAUUUGAGCGUGGAUGUGAGCUUGAAGGCAUGCGAGGAGAAAUGCUUGAGGGAUUGCUCCUGUGCGGCGUACACGAGUGCGAAUGAGAGCUCCCAAACAGGGUGUAUGACGUGGCACAAUGACAUGGAAGAUAUAAGAACUUACAGCAGUGUCGGACAGGACCUGUAUGUACGGGUGGAUGCAGUUGAGUUAGCCAAGCACAGAAAAAAGCCCUUUGGUUCACUUGGCAUGAAGGGGAUGGUUUCACUCCUAGUCGUUUCCAUGUUACUAGUGACAUUUCUGAUGAUCUCUUUCAUAUAUUGGUUUGUAAAGAACAAGAAACAAGUAAGAAGAAGACAUGGCAAAAAUUUGCUCAACUACAACUUUGAGAACUCUCCCAGUAUGGAUGACUUUGAUGGGGGGAAAAAUUCAGAUUUACCAUUGUUUGAUCUUAUAGACAUAGCUGCAGCAACAGAGAAUUUCUCUGAUGCUAACAAGCUUGGACAAGGAGGUUUUGGUUCGGUUUAUAAGGGUCUGCUCAGUAAUGGAAUGGCAAUAGCAGUGAAGAGGCUAUCAAAGUACUCUGGACAAGGCAUUGAGGAAUUCAAAAAUGAGGUUGUUUUAAUUGCGAAGCUCCAACAUAGGAAUCUUGUGAGAAUCUUGGGUUGUUGCAUACAAGGAGAAGAGAAGAUGUUGAUCUAUGAGUAUUUGCCAAAUAAAAGUUUGGACUUUUUCAUAUAUGAUCAAGUAAGGAAGUUACAACUAAACUGGAGCAAACGGUUUCAUAUCAUAUGCGGGGUUGCGAGGGGAAUCUUAUAUCUCCAUCAAGAUUCAAGGUUAAGAAUCAUUCAUAGAGACUUGAAGGCCAGUAAUGUCUUAUUAGACUCUUCAUUAAAUCCAAAAAUUGCAGAUUUUGGUAUGGCCAGAAUAUUUGGAGGAGAUCAAAUUGAAGCAAACACAAAACGUGUUGUUGGAACCUAUGGUUAUAUGUCACCAGAAUAUGCAAUGGAAGGAUUAUUCUCAGUAAAAUCUGACGUGUAUAGUUUUGGAGUUUUGCUUCUAGAGAUUGUUACUGGCAAAAAGAAUAGUGGUCAUUAUGAAGAAAUCACCUCAACUUUGGUCGGACAUAUUUGGGAACUAUGGAGAGAAGGUAGAGCCAUGGAGAUUGUUGAUUCAUCACUAAUAGACGAGGCAUGCCUUGAUGAGCUUCUAAAAUGCAUCCAAAUUGGGCUUCUCUGUGUACAAGAUUAUGCAACAGACAGACCAACUAUGUCUUCAGUUGUUUCCAUGUUGGGAAGUGACUCAACUCUUCCUUCUCCUAAACAACCAGCAUUUAUUUUCAAAAGAUCAAAUACCUGUGACAAUUCAAAUCCAUCAACCAGUGAAGGAGUUAAUUCUGUAAAUGAGAUGAGUACUACUGUGAUCGAAGCUCGCUAAAGGCCAUGACUCUCAAAAUAAGCAUAAAUGUGUGAUCUUAUAAGCUGGCAAUAUAUUAUUUGUGAAUGAAUAAUAAUGCUAUGUUGUCAAACAUGGUGCAUGAGAAUGAUGUAUAUCUUGUUGAAAGUUGGGAGUAAAAAUUGUCCAACUAUAACUUGCUAUUUCUCAUUA